CAUGGGAAACAACUACUUCAAGAUCUCAGAGCGAGUGACGUCACCAAUUGACACGCUAUUAGCGCGCACCCCGCUAACUAGCUAGCCAUUUUACACCAGUUACACAUACACCAUCAGAUAUAAUUCAUAGCAAGCGGUAGGGAGGGGGUGUGAAAAAUAUGGGGAGUUCGAAGGACCAAUAAAAAGGGAUAAAAAUCUUAUGUCCUGGAUUUUAGGUUGGUAGCAACCACCACAGGGUGUCUGUUCAGAAAACGAGGAAGCAGUAGUUCCAGCUCAAGGGUUUAAUGAAGAUCCACACACACACAUACAACACCACUCUCUCUGAUAGUAAUUGUGGUUCUGUAAAGAAAAGAGGAGAACUUAGGCUAUAGCACAGUAUGGGAAAAAUAUGCGUAUUUGCAUGUCAACUACUAAAUAGGCUAUGUGGACCCAAACACGUUAGUUGAACAAAGAACAAUAGUGCAAUGUAGAAAUAUCUACACAUUAUAAAACAAAAUAAACAUGAGCAAUCUAAAAUUGAAAAUGGCCUAGCACCACAGACAAAUGCUAAUCGCUAAUAAGCAUGCUAAAUAGUAAUACAUUCUGGAUGACAAUGCUAAUGCUAACGCUACAAGGAGUAUGCACGGUAGCAAGUUUAACACAAAUGGUACAUAUUUACAACAGGCACUAUUUAGCUCCAAACAACAAGACACCAGGAUAUUGGCACUUACAUUUAGCUGCACACACAAUAAACAUUAGAAAGAAAAGCAAUUUCUCCUAAGGGGGUAGAAUAAGCAGGAGAGAAAACAGGUUGGUCAUCAGAAUGGAAACUACAGACUGUCUGAAGCCCUACCUGGUCUGGUAUUAUGUUAAGUCAUGGGGGGAAAGGCUGCUAAUUGGCUAAUAAUAUUAUGAUAAUUGGCGUGACCAUAUUCCAAUAGGAAACCCAAAGGAAAGUUGGGGUCUUGGAAAGAAGACGAGGGGUGUAUUUACAGCCGCCCCCAAAUGUGUUGUACAUAUUUGAUUAAACUGACAAGCCAGCUAAGGGUCAGUAGCUUCUUGAGGAAGGGCAUGCAGCUUAAUGAGUCGAGCAACAGGCCUGACGUAGGUUCUGUCCUUGACUUGGAUCUCUGCUGUCCUCAUUUUCCCGUCUGCUCCAGGGAUAACUGAGUUUACAGUUCCAACUUGCCAGAGUGCCCUAGGACACUGAUCAUCACAACGGUCCCAACUACAAGGUCUUCCUUAUCCUUGUGCCAAUUAUGGCAGCCUUGAAGGGCAGGUAAGUAGUUCCGUAUGAAGCAGUGCCAGAAAUGGUCGGUUAGAACUUGGCUGUGUCUCCAUCUUUUGCGACUGAGCAGUUCAGACUCUGGGUAGACCACCUGUGCUAGUGACAAGUCUGGCUGCCCCAUGAGAAGAGAGUUAGGAGUGAUUGGAUCCGAAUCUGUGAUGUCCGAAGACACAUAUCCCAAGGGCUUGGAAUUCAACAUCCCUUCUUUUUGAUUAGGACAGUCCUCGGCACCUCUUUGGAGAUGGUCUGCGCACCAAGGGUUGUUUGCAGGGCAGUCUUGAUGGAUCUGAUCUCCCUCUCCCAGCAUCCUCCAAAGUGUGGUGCAUUUGGUGGGUUGAAGGUGAAUCGAAUCUUCUGACUGGCUAACUGUUACUGGAGCUGUUGGUGGAGAGUCAUGAAGGCCUUGUGUAGUUCUUGCUCCCCUCCCUUGAAAUUUGUUCCUCGAUCGGACACCCUCUCUGGGCCCGGGUGCCUCAGCUGCUCAUCAUAUUUCUUGAUCAACAACCUGGUGAGUGGAUGACCUGGGUCCAAAACCACUGGGUGAAGAACGUCAGGGUCCAACAGGUCACACCUCUGAAGACGACCUCAAACACGAAUCAGUCCGGUGUCGUUGUCACGCUCCGGGGUCAGCGUCACCAGACAGCUGCUCAGAGGGAUUGGCUUGCCUGCUUCUAGUAGGGAGAAGUCUUCUGCGAAGAUCUCAGACUGAGCAUGUCUGAGUACUUCGAAUUGCUGCUUGCUUGAAAUUGUUGGCUGAAGGGCUGUCGGCACUACUGGCCGCUCCGUGUAGCAACUGCACGCUGGCUUCCACCAGCUCAUGGAAAGUGUUGAACUGGGCAACAUCAGGAAGAGACGACUUGGUGUCCGUGGACAGGAGCCCACAGAAGGUAGGCUCCUCUGCUUCAUCAGGGGGUACUUGGUCUGGUCUUCUCGGCCAGGAUGACUGGGCCUGCCACAGGAAUGGAGGACCUUGACUCCAAAGGUUGUGUUCUGAAAGCUGAGACAGCGUCUUGCCGCGUGUGAUAUUGUCAGCCGGAUUUCUCUCCGUGUCCAUGUAACGCCUGGCCUGGGGUCCGUGAGCUCCUGUAUUUCUGUGACUCUUGUGCCUUCAAAUACUUUGUACCUACAGGAGUCUGACUGGAGCCAGGUUAAGACUGUUGUAGUAUCCGACCAGUACAUGACCUCAUGGAUUUCCAAGGUGAGUUAUUUUCUGAUGACCACGGCCAGCUGGGCACUGGUGAGUGCAGCACAGAGCUCGAGUCUUGGCAUGGACUGUUCUCCGUUUUGGGGCCACUCUUGAUCUUGCUGCAAGGAAUGCCACUUGGAGCCGUCCAUUGGUGUCUUCAGUACGGAGGUACGCGACGGCACCGUACGCAUGUUCUGAGGCAUCACUGAAAACGUGAAUACUUGACGUAACACCUUAGCAGUGUGACCUGAGACAUCUGUGGAAGUUUGAAGACCCUUUGAAGGCCCUCGAAGGGGUGGCAGGUAGCCUAGUGGUUAGAGCGUUGGGCCAGUAACUGGGAGGUUGCUGGAUCGAAUCCCUGGGCUGACAAGGUAAAAAUCUGUUGUUCUGCUCCUGAACAAGGCAGUUAACCAACCCACUGUUCCCCGGUAGGCUGUCAUUGUAAAUAAGAAUUUGUUGUUAACUGAUUUGUGUUGUGAAAUAAAGGGUCCAUCUGAGCUGAAUCUUGAUGGUGGCAGCUUUGCCAGGGUGACUCAAAUGCACUGGUUCUGUUGGGGUGAUUAGAUGGGGAUAGUCUGAUCUGAUGUGCAUUAACAGCUGCACCUGAUCCAGCAGUUGAAGGGGUAGGCCUUUGAUGUGCCAAUAUCUUUUCUGAAGGGCUUUGUCCAGUAGGUAUGCGGUGCAACGCCCAGCUGUGAAGGCUCUGUGGAUGUCAAAGGACCUGUUUGGUUGACUAACAGGGGGCACUCACACAGAAGCUCCAUGGACGUCUAGGAUAUCUUGACGCACCAUACAAAGUGUCAAGUCCUCAGGAUUGCCUAGGAGGCCUACCUGCUCUGCUGCUUCGUGUAGAAGUAUAGUGCGCUCUGACUUGUCGUUCAACAGGGUGUACGUGUCAAGUGACUUGUUGCCGCUCCGCAAGAUGACUCGACUCAUUUUCAGCAGCACCUUGCUGCUGCUGGAAGGUCGAUCAUUGCAGAGGGUCUCUGCAGUGUAGCUCACUCUGAGUGCACCAUCAGAGCGAAUCUUUGGAAUGCCUUGGUUUCACCACUCUUGAUGUUGGGGCCAUCCAUUGACCCUGUGAUGCAUUGGAGGGAAAGCUGGUGGUGCUGGCCAUACAGUUCUGUGAGGGAAUCCAUGGUGUCGGUAGACGCACUCCCGGCUGGGUGGAGAAGGUGUGCGGUAGCGGACAGGUGAGUGCCGACAACGAUCAGGUGAGUAGGCCGGGCGGCGACGGUCAGGCGAGUAGUUGCAGUGGCAAUGGUCAGGUGAGGGGUGAUGACAAUGGUCAAGUCAGUAGUCGCGGUGGCGACGGUCAGGUGAGUAGUUGCGGGGGUGACAGUCAGACGUGGGCUGACAAUGGCAAUCAGUUGAGGAUUUACAACGACAGUCAGGCGUAGGCUGACCAUAGCAGUCAGGUAAGUAGUCGCAGCGGCGUCGGUCAGGUGAGUAGUCACGGCGGUGACAGUCAGGUGUUGGCUGACGACGGCAAUCAGGUGUAGGCUGACCGUAACGGUCAGGUGAGUAGUCGCGACGGCGACAAUCAGGUGUGGGCUGACGACUGCGAUCAGGUGUAGGCUGACCGCAACGGUUAGGUUAGGGCUGACGUUGGCGAUCCUGUGAAGUCAGCCCUCUGGGUGGCGCUUUAGUGCUCCGAGUUCUGAAAUGAGAAGUCGACCGGUUUCGCUGGUGCGAUGACUCAUGAUGUCGAGGGGUUGACUGAGUAGAUGAUGAUGAUAAGGAUGACUGGUCUGAGGAGGAGAGCCCUCUGAUCCUAAGGUUUUCAAUUAGGUGCUCUAUCUUAUCACACUGCCUUUGUAACUGCAGUUUAUCAUCUCUGGUUGUCACCAGCUGUGCCCACUCAGGCUGACUAGUCGAGGUGCGCCUGCUAUGGGGGGCCGGUGAGUUGGCCAUUAUUAAUGAAGGUGAGGCUCUAUCCUUAUUGUUGCGAGUCAGCCUGGGUAGUUAGUGGCUUGAACUGUUUGGGACCAAUUGAGGCGGAUUAAUUUAGCUCUUCCGAUAGCUCCAGUAUCUCCCGUGUCAACUUCUCAGUUUCCUCUCCUAUCAGCUUCAGGAACAUUACGACUGUUCUGGAAGAAGAACGGGUUUCUCUCUCAUCUUGUACAGGAGGGUAGCUGCUGCUGGUCUUGCUGUGAGAGUAAUUAAUUCCACUCACAGCGUCGUCUGCUCGUGGUCCCUCAUUGGAGUGGUGUUUUGUCGUGUGUGGUGUUUGCCUUGAGACUUCUUGGAUGGGCACUCCUAAUGUAACUCUAUGGCAGCACCCAAUGGGCUUGAAUUUUCAAGAAAGCAAAAACCAUGUUUGUAUGUGGCUUUAUUAACUCAAUGUUUUUUUUAUUUUCUUUUACAUUGUUUGCAAACUGAUAUGUGACACCUAUUAAUGCCAAAAUAACACGCAAAACAGGCAACUCCACCUGCGCUGAAUGACGGGUCGCCACUACACCAACUGUACAAAACAUUAAGAACACCUUCCGCACCUCUCUGAUUCGACACAUUUUGGUUGAAUGCAUUCAGUUGUGCAACUGACUAGGUAUCCCCUUUCCCUAAUAUUGAGUUAAACAGCUUCAGAACAGCCUCAAUUCAUUGGGGCAUGGACUCUACAAUGUGUCGAAAGCAUUCCACAGGGAUGCUGGCCAUGUUGACACCAAUGCUUCUCACAGUUUUGUCAAGUUGGCUGGAUGUCUUUUGGGUGGUGAACCAUUCUUGAUACACGGGAAACUGUUGAGCAUGAAAAACCCAACAGCGGUGCAGUUCUUGACACAAACCGGUGCACCUGGCAACUACUAACAUACUCCAUUCAAAGGCACUUAAGUAUUUUGUCUUGCCCAUUUAUUUCCAGUCAAUGUAAUGAGCCUAUCAUUUUUAGUAAUUUUUGGGGAAAUCGAACUUUGCCCACUAUAACUUUUCUCCGCCCAUGCAUUGAAUUGAUAUCACACAAUACAUUGUAGGUGCACUUCAUCUCCCGCGCCCUGCAGAGAAUUGCACUUGGCUUGCAUUUUGACUUAUAAAGUUCCUCAUAAAGGAAUUGUGUUUUGGACAAAUUAAUACAAAAUGAAAAGCUUAAAUGUCUUGAGUCAAUAAGUAUUCAGUUCCUUUGUUAUGGUGAGCCUAAAUAAGUUCAGGAGUAAACAUUUGCUUAACAAGUCAUAUAAUAAGUUGCAUGGACUCACUCUGUGUGCAAUAAUAUUGAUAAACAUGCUUUUUGAAUGACUACCUCAUCUCUGUACCCCACAAAUAAAAUUAUCUGUAAGGUCCCUCAGUCGAGCAGUGAAUUUCAAACACAGAUUCAACCAAAAAGACCAUGGAGGUAUUCCAAUGGUUUGCAAAAAAGGGCACCAAUUGGUAGAUGGGUCAAAUAAAAAAAAGGAGACAUUGAAUAUCCCUUUGAGCAUGUUGAAGUUAUUCAUUACACUUUGGAUGGUGUAUCAAUACACCCAGUCACUACAAAGAUACAGGCAUCCUUAACUCACUUGCCAGAGAGGAAGGAAACCGCUCAGGGAUUUCACAAUGAGGCCAAUGGGGACUUUAAAACAGUAACAGAGUUUAAUGGCUGUGAUAGGAGAAAUCUGACGAUGGAUCAACAAAAUCGUAGUUACUCCACAAUACUAACCUCAUUGACAGAGUGAAAAGAAGGAAGCCUGUACAGAAUACAAAUAUUCCAGAACAUGCUUCCUGUUUGCAAUAAGGCAAAUAAUGUGGCAAAGAAAUGAAUUUUAUGUCCUGAAUACAAAGCGUUCUGUUUGGGGCAAAUCCAACACAACACAUCACUGAGCACAUCUCUAUAUAUUUCCAAGAAUGGUGGUGGGUGGCAGCUGGCAGGUGGCAGCUGGGUGACAGCUGUGAGUCUUUCUGGAAACGAGGAUGAAACCAACAUGAUUAGCACCGAUGGCCUCUCUAAAUGCGAGGUGACCUGGCGCGAGCCUGGGAAAAGGCCACAGGCGGAGAUGUUGCACCUUCUGUCUGCUGUCAUUGUCUGGCUUGUGACGGGGACAACCAUCUCCAGUCUUAACAAAUGGAUUUUUGCAGUGUACAACUUCAGGUACCCGUUACUGCUGUCGGCCCUGCACAUGUUGACAGCGAUAGUGGUGGACUAUGGGCUUAUUAAACUGCGAAUGCUCCAGCAAAACGGUGGGGUUGACAACCAGAAGGACCUUACCACCAGCGCCAAAUGCAAGGUGUUUCUAUUGAGCUUGACAUUUUGUGCCAGCAUCGCAUUUGGCAACGUGGGUCUAAACUAUGUCCAGCUGUCAUUUGCCCAAAUGAUCUACACCACCACGCCAAUCUUCACCCUGGCCAUCUCCACUCUGAUCCUGGGCAAGCAACACCACAUCCUCAAAUACACAGCCAUGAUGCCCAUCUGUCUGGGAGCCUCGUUCAGCAUCAUGGGCGAGGUCCAGUAUGACCAGACAGGCUGCUUCUUCGUAUUCGCUGCGACAAUGUUGAGAGGUGUCAAAACCAUCCAGCAAGGUAUCUUGCUCCAGGAGGAGAAGAUCAACUCUGUGUUCCUGUUGUACCUGAUGUCUAUCCCCAGUUUCUGCAUCCUGGCCGUAGCUGCUCUGGCCCUGGAGAACUGGGCCGUGCUGGAGUCUCCAAUGCACUAUGACCACAAGCUGUGGCUCUUCAUUCUGCUCAGCUGCCUGGGCUCUGUCGUGUACAACCUGGCCAGCUGCUGCGUCAUCACCCUCACCUCCGCCGUCACCCUGCACAUCUUGGGCAACCUGAGCGUGGUGGGCAACCUGCUGCUCUCCCAGCUGCUGUUCGGCAACGAGAUGUCAGCGCUCAGCUGUGCCGGGGUGGCUCUUACUCUCUCUGGCAUGCUCAUCUACCAGAACUCUGAGUUCAUCUCCAACUACCUGGAUGCACGCCGAGCUAAAGCCAGGGAGCUCAGCCGAGUGAGGGAGGAGGAUAUUGCUGGCCCAUUCCAACCGCCCCCCCAAGACCAGCAGGAGAGGGUAGAUGCUGGCGGCAAGCGAGAGGACAAGAUGGACUGAGAGAGAGCGAGAGAGAGAGAGAGAGAGAGAAUAGGCUUUCCUGUCCUUAGGGUUAGUUAAGUCAGGUGGUUCUGUGGAGAGGUUCAGGAAAUGGGCUGUGACCUCAUGAUGUCAUAGUUGAUGAUGACGACAUGAGUGACAGAACUUGUUUGGUUGGGUUGUUUUUACCUCUUCACUGUGCCAAUGUAUUUAUUUCAGCCAUGGUCUCAUAGAACAGAAGUCAGUCUAGGCCAGCUGACUAAACAAAACAGAUGCCUUUAGGAAAGUGACAGUUGAGUUUGUACUGUUCAAAUACCCAUACAUGCACACAUACUGGUAUGCAUGCAUGAGCACACAAACUAUGUGAUACAUCUCAUGAGAUAUCAUGCACUGUUACUCACACUACUCCACUGUGAAAAUGUUCUCUCUGAGUGAGUGCUCAGUGGGAUGGUUGGGUGGGAAGGACUAGGAACACUCCUCAUAUGGAUGGGCACAAAAAAAUUGUUUUAAAAACAUAUGGUACUGUUACCUAACCUUCCCCUGGUCUCGUAUCAGUGGGAAAGAGGUUUUCUGGCAGCUUUUUAUUUGGGGAUCUUAAAAUAGGGGUUCUGCAUUUGUUAUAGUGCUAUAGCUUUUGUCUAGAUGAAGUUUACAAUGGCGGAAACAUUCAAGCUAACAGGUUCAGCAUAUCAUUUCUCCUGGCUGUUUGUAGGCAUGGCAGCCAGUAAACCACAAUGUUAAUCUACUGCAUAGUGAGGCAUAGAUCUGAGGGGAGCCACCUUGUCCCACUCAACGACUCCUUAUUGUAUUUCCCUUCAUUUCCUCUUAAUAAAAGGAACCUAUUAUAA